AUGGUGGAGGAAACCGGAGUACUCGGAGAAAACCACCGACCUUUGGCAAGGAUAUUGGUGGAACUAAGCGCACUUUCAUCUCACUGGCUGAAGAAAUACCCAUGGCUUCGCUGUUCGGUCUCAACAGACGCGUUAUAUUCCUGUCGCUGUCUUCUUUUCAACACUGAAGGGGUUGAGGAGCGAGGUUUCACACUUGCGCCUGUAAAUGACUGGUCGAAUGUACACCGACUGACAAAACGGCACGAAAACCUUAGUGCACACACUCAAAACCUCAUUGCAUCUGAAAAUUUCGUGGAUGUAAAACACUCAAAAAAGGAAUCUGUUAUGACGUUAUUAUCGACAAAAAGAAAGGAAGAAGUCCGCAUGAACAGAGAUAUACUGAGAGAAAUAAUUGGGGUACUAAUCUUGCUAGCUAGACAAAAUAUAGCAAUUCGCGGACACACGGACGACCGCAGCAAUUUUAUGGCCUUGCUGAAAAAAGUAGCAGAAAAUAACAAGACUCCCAGAAAUCAUUUAGAUAACCCCCUUGCCCAAGUGAAUUACACGUCACCUAAAAUCCAAAACGAAUUGAUAGAAAUUUGCGGAGAAAUGAUCAGAGACAAAAUUGUUCAAUCUUGCGAAAAGGCUUCAUUCUUUGCGUUAAUUGCCGAUGAGGCAACCGAUAGUUCUACAACUGAACAGGUGUCAAUUUGUGUUCGCUUUCUUGAUGAAUCCCAGGAAAUGAUUGUCAGGGAAGAACUCUUAGGCUUUGUUCAGGCUUCUGAUACUACAGAGGAAACUCUAGCUGAUCUUUUUCUGGAUACUUUGGAACAUUAUGGUAUUACGAUUGAAGAUAUGAGGGCACAAGGCUACGAUGGGGCUGCAAAUAUGUCUGGGAAGAAUAGAGGAGUUCAAGCGCACAUCAGAGAACGCAUUCCGACUGCCACAUAUGUUCAUUGUAAGGCCCAUUUACUUAACCUGGCAAUUGUGCACAGUUCAUACGAUGCUUGCGUUCGACUGAUGAUGGCUACUAUGCAAGAAAUAGCAUUCUCCUUUCAUUACUCAGCAGAGAAACUGGUUUCUUGA